AUGGCAGCGACGGUGGCUCCAAAGAAAAUAGACGCCACACCGGUGACUUUAGGGAUGGAAGCUAACAAUGAUGAGUGGGGUUCGUUCACAUCCCUAUGGAGGAGACCGCGAUCUACUCUUCAUUCCACGAUCCCCAGUUUUACUCUUUAUGCAUCUCAGGGCUUCUUCUUCAGAAAUUUUGAAGCUUUCGGCAAUUUGAGCUCUAAUGAUGGUUCACAAAAUGAUCAAGUUGGUAUGAAUUCUGAAGUUGCAUCUGUCAUUAGGGAAUUCACCGAGCCAUUUAGACAAGAUGAUGAUUAUGAAGAUGAAGAAGAAGAAGCAGAGCAUAUGAACACGGUUAAUACCCAUCUUGUGCUGCUAGUUGCAGCUGCUGAUAACUCUGAAGGGUUGCCACCUACAAUUAGGCGUUGUUUCAGCCAUGAAACGAAAAUGGGAGGUUUGACCGAAGACCAGAGAGUGGAAAUGCUAUCCCAGUCACUUCACCUUAUCCCUAAAUUGGUUCCAGAUACUUGUACAGAGGAUGUUGUAAAAGAUAUGUUUGGACAGACUUUUGGUUUCAUGCCAAGGGAUAUUAGGGCUUUAGUUGCUGAUGCUAGUUCAAGUUUGAUUCCUAUUAAUGGCAGUAGCUUUGAGAAGUUGGGUGACAACAAAGAAUUCAUGGUCAAAGCUUUAGAGCGGUCAAAGAAAAGGAAUGCAUCGGCUUUAGGGAAUCCCAAGGUCGCUAAUGUUAAGUGGGAGGAUGUUGGUGAGCUGGAAGAUGUGAAAAAAUCUAUUCUUUAUACAGUUCAGCUCCCCUUUCUGCAUAAAGAUUUGUUUUCAUCUGGGCUACCCUCCAGGGCAGCUUUCAUGAAUGGGAACGCGUCAGCGGGGAGCAAUCUUGACUGA